GGAAGGGAGUCGCGAGCAUCAUACGGGGCUUUGGCUGUACUGUACGGUUACUGUAGGGGCAGUGACGACGCCGCCGGAGCGAGCGAGGCGCAGAGCGAGGGGAAGCCGAGCGAGCGAGCGCCCGGACCCCGGAGGCCAGCGGCCCGGAGCCCAGUCCCCACCCCGGGCCCCGGCCCCGCGCGCCCCGGCCCGGCCCUGCGAGGUCUCGGCGCGGAAGAUGGCCGGCGGCGUGGACGGCCCCAUCGGGAUCCCGUUCCCCGACCACAGCAGCGACAUCUUGAGCGGGCUGAACGAGCAGCGGACGCAGGGCCUGCUGUGCGACGUGGUGAUCCUGGUGGAGGGCCGUGAGUUCCCCACGCACCGCUCGGUGCUGGCCGCCUGCAGCCAGUACUUCAAGAAGCUGUUCACGUCGGGCGCCGUGGUGGACCAGCAGAACGUGUACGAGAUCGACUUCGUCAGCGCCGAGGCGCUCACCGCCCUGGUGGACUUCGCCUACACGGCCACCCUCACCGUCAGCACAGCCAAUGUGGGCGACAUCCUGAGCGCCGCCCGCCUGCUGGAGAUCCCCGCCGUCAGCCACGUCUGCGCCGACCUGCUGGAUCGGCAGAUCCUGGCCACCGACGCCGGCACCGACGCCGGGCAGCUGGACCUCGUGGAUCAGAUCGACCAGCGCAACCUGCUGCGUGCCAAAGAGUACCUCGAGUUCUUCCAGAGCAACCCCAUCAACAGCCUGCCCCCCGCUGGCCCCUUUCCCUGGUCGGCCUUCGGUGCCUCCGACGAUGACCUGGACGCCACCAAGGAGGCCGUGGCCGCAGUGGCCGCCGCGGUGGCCGCCGGCGACUGCAACGGCUUGGACUUCUACGGCCCAGGCCCCCCGGGGGAGCGGCCCCCGGCGGGGGAGGGCGACGAGGGCGACAGCAACCCAGGCCUGUGGCCGGAGCGGGACGAGGACGCAGCCGGGGGCCUGUUUCCGCCGCCCCCGGGCGCCACGCAGAACGGCCACUACGGCCGAGCUGGGGAGGAGGAGGCGGCCUCGCUGUCGGAGGCGGCCCCAGAGCCCAGCGACUCCCCGGGUUUCCUGUCCGGCACGGCCGAGGACGGGGACGGGGACGGGCCUGACGGGGACGGGCUGGCGGCCAGCACGCUGCUGCAGCAGAUGAUGUCGUCCGUGGGCCGGGCCGGGGCGGCGGCGGCGGCAGGGGACAGCGACGAGGAGUCGCGGGCGGAAGACAAGGCCGUCAUGGAUUACUACCUGAAGUACUUCAGCGCCACCCACGACGGCGACGCGUACCCGGCCUGGUCCCAGAAAGUGGAGAAGAAGAUCCGGGCCAAGGCCUUCCAGAAGUGCCCCAUCUGUGAGAAGGUCAUCCAGGGCGCCGGCAAGCUGCCCCGACACAUCCGGACGCACACGGGCGAGAAGCCCUAUGAGUGCAACAUCUGCAAGGUCCGCUUCACUAGGCAGGACAAGCUCAAGGUGCACAUGCGGAAGCACACGGGCGAGAAGCCGUACCUGUGCCAGCAGUGCGGGGCGGCCUUCGCGCACAACUACGACCUGAAGAACCACAUGCGCGUGCACACGGGCCUGCGCCCCUACCAGUGCGACAGCUGCUGCAAGACCUUCGUGCGCUCGGACCACCUGCACAGACACCUCAAGAAGGACGGCUGCAACGGGGUGCCCUCGCGCCGAGGCCGCAAGCCCCGCGUCCGGGGCGGGGGGCCUGAC